AAAAAAAAAGGUGCUCGCACAAUCUCUGAACAGCCAUGGGAAGCCUUUUGCUGUUUUGUGUUGUGGGAGCUUUAUUGAGUUGUCCAUCUCGUGCUGGCUGGGCAGGAACGGAGUUUGCCCUCUCGUUUAUGGAGAAUUAUGCUCCAAACUAUGACAGCCCUCGUUUUCAGCUAUACAUCACAGCCCUACAAGCCAAUACCAAAGUGACCGUGCAAGUUCCCUCCCUGAAGUUCAAAGAGGAGAAAACUCUUAAAGCUGGGGAAAGGGUCACUGUCAGUCUCCCAACCGGUGUUGAGAUGUACGACUGCGAAAGGUCCGACAAAACUGUCCGGGUUGACGCCUCGGCUGCUGUGUCUGUAUCCUCCCUCAGCUACAAGCUGUACACAGCUGACACCUCUGUGAUAUAUCCCACUACUGAGUGGGGGACAGAGUACUACGUCCUCACUCCUCCCAGAAACUCCUUUCGCUCCAACAAAGAGUUUGCAGUAACAAACGGAAAAGAGAAAAACAAGGUGGAGAUAUACCUUAAAGCAGCAGUCAAAUUUCAGGGUCGUAACUUUAGACGAGGCGAUAAACUGGCGAUAGAUCUCGAGCCGUACGAGAGCGUUCAGCUUCAGAGCAAGCGCGACCUAUCCGGAAGCAGGGUUUCCUCCCAGCAUCCUGUUGCUGUUUUCUCGGGACACACUUGCACUGCCUAUCUAUCUAAAUGCAACCAUGUUUACGAGCAGCUUCUGCCAGUGAGCAGUUGGGGAACCAGCUUCGUCUUAUCGGCUCUGAGCUUCCAGGAGAAAUUUGACUAUGUUUUUAUCCAGGCCUCCCAAGCCACCCGAGUCACCAUUAAUGAUGGUAAACGUAAAAAUGACUUUAAGCUUUCCAGCGGCCAAGAGAAGACUAUCAAAUUUGCCAAACGUGAAACCCUCUUUAUUGAGUCCGACCACGGCAUCCAGGUCCUGCUGCUUUUUAACGGCGUCAGAUACAAUUGGUUCCAUCUGUACGAUCCGUUUUUGAUGACAGUCAUGCCCACAGAUCGCUUCUGCUCCUCCUAUUCCCUAGAAGCUCUUGAAAAUUUUGACAACAAAGCCCUGAUUGUCGCAAAAACCAGUGAUACAGCCACACUCCGUUUGGACGACGGAAAUCUACCACAAGACGUGCAAUGGAACAAGGUUGCUGGAACAGAUUUCUCUUGGGCUGAGAUGUCCUACAAACAAAGCCCUGGCAAUAAUGUCCACACUCUGUCCAGCUCUGGCUCCAGCUUUGGCCUCUACAGCAUUGGAGUCAGCAACAUGAAUGGUUAUGGUUCUGUAGGACAGUGUUUGAAGGAAAGUCAGAAUUCACGCUCCUUGUCCUGCAGUAGCAUCACUUGUAGUCCCAAUGAGGUGUGUGAAAUGAGUGGUGGCUUUCCCUCCUGCGUGGCCAAACCAGUCAAACCACAGGUCGGUACCUGCUGGGCCAUGGGAGACCCUCACUACCGUACUUUUGAUGGGCGCCGCUUUGACUUCAUGGGCACGUGCACGUAUGUCAUCUCUAAAAACUGCGGAAAAGACAGUAACCUUCCAGACUUUGAGGUCCUUGCCCAGAAUGAGAACAGAGGGAGCCACAGAGUCUCGUACGUUGGCCAGGUCAUGGUUAAGGUCUAUGAUAUCACCAUUACUGUAGUUCGGUCUGAGAGAGGCCGUGUGAGGAUUGACAACAGUUUGUGGUCCUUGCCCAUUUUCUUGAACAACGGCAAACUGAAAAUAUUCCAAUGUGGCCGCUCUGCAGUUAUAGAGUCGGACUUUGGCCUUGUGGUCCGUUAUGACUGGGAUCACAAUCUUGUGGUCACGCUGGCCAGCGGUUUUGCUGGUAAAACCUGCGGACUCUGUGGUAAUUUUAACGGCAGCCCUGCUGAUGAUUUCGCCACGCCCUCCGGCUCCCAAGCAAGUGGCGUUGUGGACUUUGGGAGCAGCUGGAAGGUGCCCGGGUUGGGGGCUGAUCCCAAGUGCAGAGAUGACUGUGCAGGUGGUUGUGACAGCUGCAAUAGCAAUUUGAUGAAGAAGUAUGAGCAUGACUCGUUUUGUGGGCUUAUCGCAAAACAAAAUGGUCCGUUUAGCAAGUGUCAUCCAGUCAUUGACCCACAAGAUUACCUGGAGAAUUGUAAAUAUGAUUUAUGCAUGGGAGGUGGUCUUCGGGAAUUCCUUUGCAAAGCUCUUGAGGCCUACACUGAAGCCUGUCAAGAUGCUGGAAUCCAGGUUCAAGAUUGGAGGAAGAUGUCAAAAUGCCGUGCCAAAUGUCCAGCCAACAGUCACUAUGAACUCUGCGGAAACGCCUGUCCAGCCACUUGUUCUGACCCAACCGCCCCCUCUACGUGCAAACGCCCCUGUGUGGAGACCUGCACCUGCGAUAAGGGCUUCGUUCUGAGUGGAGACAAGUGUGUGCCCGAAGCCAAGUGUGGCUGCAACUACGAGGGUCGCUACGUUCCCGCUGGGGAAGCAUUCUGGGCUGACCAGAGCUGCAAGCGAAGGUGUAAAUGUGUUCCCGGGAGCAGGCGCGUAGUGUGUCAGGAUACGGGCUGUGGGGCGGGGCAGCAAUGCAAAGUGGUGAACGGCAUAAGAAAAUGCCAAGCAGUGUCUUACAGUACCUGCCAUGCCACUGGUGAUCCCCAUUACAUGACCUUUGAUAAGAAGAGGUUUGAUUUUCAGGGCACGUGCGUGUACCAGCUUGCUGCACUGUGCUCCAGCGAUCCAGAGUUGGUCCCCUUUGAAGUGCUGGUGCAGAAUGAUCAACGGGGCAGCAGGGCGGUUUCAUACACUAAGUUAGUACAGAUCAAGGUGUAUUCUACCAGCAUUGUCAUAACAAAGACACACAGUGGCUUGAUUAUGGUAAAUGACGAACUAGUCAACCUUCCCAUUGACAUCAACGACGGGCAGAUAUCUGUGUAUAAAAGUGGCUGGUAUGCUGUUCUCACCACUGAUUUUGGCCUGAAGGUCACUUUUGACUGGAGAAGCGCUGCAUUUGUUACACUGCCGAGCAGCUACAUGGGAGCCGUGUGUGGCCUUUGUGGCAACUACAACGGCAAACCCCAAGAUGAUCUGACCCCGAAGGAUGGCAGCAAACCCGUCAAUCCAGCAGACUUUGGUUCGAGCUGGCGAGUGGCCGAAAUCCCAGGCUGUGUGGAAGGCUGCAAAGGGGUGUGUCCCAACUGUGAUUUCAAUGAAAAGGUUCAGUAUGAGAAGAAAGAGUUUUGCGGAAUAAUCGGAGACCCUAAAGGGCCGUUCCGUGAGUGUCAUGCCAAGGUGGAUCCAGCGAACUACUUGGAAGACUGUGUUUACGACGUGUGCCUGUAUAAAGGCAGAAAGGACGUGCUGUGUCAGGCUAUUACAUCAUACACAUCGGCCUGCCAAGGAGUGGGGGCCCAGGUGUACAGCUGGAGGACCAGUCAGUUCUGUGCUGUGAAAUGUCCCAUCAACAGCCACUUUGAGAUCUGUGCAACCGCCUGUCCUGCGACUUGCGGCAGUCUCGCUCCUCCUCAAGGCUGCGAGGAUUUCUGCGAAGAGGGCUGCACGUGUGAUGAAGGCUACAUCCUCAGCGGGAAUCUCUGCGUCCCUUUCUCUCAGUGCGGCUGCGUCCACAACAACCGCUACUACAGAAUAGGCGAAGUGUUUUACCCAAGUGGGUACUGUCAGGAGAAGUGCAAGUGCGCACAGGAUGGAGAGGUCGAGUGUGUAAAGUUCACUUGUGGCCCUAAUGAGAAGUGUAAGCUAGAGAACGGAGUCCAAAAAUGUCACCCAGUCGGUAAGGGUGUUUGCCGAGCGUCCGGUGAUCCCCACUACCUCUCGUUCGAUGGCCGGAAAUUUGAUUUCCAAGGCACCUGCACAUAUACUCUCUCCAAGAGCUGUGGUGUGGAGGGAACCCACCUGGAGGCCUUUUCAGUUCAGGUGGAGAACGUGCAGUGGGACCGAAUGAGAGGAAGGAAAAAGGUUUCUGUCUCCAGGCUGGUUGCAGUGGAGGUCUAUGGCUUCACUCUUAUAAUGAGAACCAAACUGUUUGGAGUCAUGGUAAACGGAGAGUUUAACCACCUUCCAGUCAGUCUUAAUGAUGGAGCGGUUAAGGUUUAUCAGGAGGGCCAAAAAUAUGUCGUAGCAACUGAUUUUGAGCUGGUGGUCACCUACGACCUGGUCUACCACGUGACGGUCACGGUACCCGGCAACUACCGCGGGAAGGUCUGUGGGCUGUGCGGCAACUUCAACGGGGACAAAAACGAUGACUUCCAAAUGUCCAGCCGUCAAGUCACCAAUAACGUCAACGACUUUGGAAAAUCGUGGAAGGUCACCAUUCCCAAUGUGGUGUGUGAAAAUGGCUGUGAGGGGGAUAACUGCCCGAAGUGUGAUGCGGCUCAAAGAGCUGUAUUUUCAAAGCCCACUUAUUGUGGUAUCAUGGCAGCACCCAAAGGACCAUUUGCAGCCUGUCACAGUAAAAUUGACCCACAGCUUUACUUUGAUGACUGUGUGUUUGAUUUGUGUGCCUCCAACGGAGAAGGAAAUGUGCUUUGUGACAGCGUAGCAGCCUAUGCUUAUAACUGCCACUUGGCAGGGGUCGAUGUCAAAAAUUGGAGGACCCCAUCUUUCUGCCCCAUGAAAUGUUUCUCAAACAGCCACUAUGAGGUGUGUGCUGAUACCUGCUCUGCUUCCUGUCCCGGCCUCACGGAAAUUGUUGAGUGCCCCGCUGGCUGUACAGAAGGCUGUGAAUGUGACACUGGCUUCCUCUUCAACGGACAGACAUGCGUCGCAGAAGCUGAGUGCGGCUGCUACGAGAAAGGAAAAACAUACAAGCCUGGUGAAAUCUUCUAUGAAGAGGACUGCAGCACACAGUGCACCUGCAAUCCGGCAACAGGCCUUGUCUGCAAACAGUUUUCAUGUCCAAAAGACACAAAGUGCAUGGUCAAGAACGGUAUCAGGGCAUGCCACAACACAGAUCCCUGCAAAGAUGCCAAUUGUCGUGUCCAAGAGACAUGCCGUGUGGAGAAGGGGGAGGCUGUGUGCGUCCCCAAGUUCACCGGCACCUGCUGGGCCUGGGGUGACCCCCACUACCACACUUUUGAUGGGUACAACUUUGACUUCCAGGGAACCUGCAAGUAUGUUAUCUCCAAGACCUGUGGAACCCUAGACGGUCUUGUUCCGUUCUCCGUAACUGAGAGGAACGACAACCGCGGCAACACUGCAGUUUCGUAUGUCAGGGAGGUUGACGUGGUUGUGUAUGGGUACACCAUUACAAUCCAAAAGAACCAAGUUGGUCAAGUCACGGUGGAUGGGGAGCUGUUGAACCUUCCUGUUCAGUUGGGUGAUGGCGAAGUCUCUGUGUUUCAAAGAGGACGCAGCGCUGAGCUCAAAACUGAUUUUGGCCUGAUCGUCACCUAUGACUGGAACUGGCACCUUGUCAUCAAGCUUCCCAGCAGCUACUACGGCAGUGUCUGCGGACUGUGUGGCAACUUUAAUGGCAACAGUGGGGACGAGCUCCAGAAUCCCUCUGGCCAAGCUGUCUCCUCAGUGAUCGAGUGGGGCAAGAGUUGGCAAACGCCUGAUCAAGACAAGGACUAUCCUUGCUGGGAUACAUGCGAGAAAAACUGCCCUACCUGUGACGAUAAUGACAAGAAACUCUACCAGAGCCAGGCCCACUGUGGGGCCCUCACAGCGAAGACGAAUAAUGUGUUCCAAAAAUGUAACACGAAAUUAGACCCUCAGGCCUUCAUGAACAGCUGUGUGUAUGACAUGUGUUUGAAUAAAGGAGACAAAAAGAUGCUGUGCCAGGCGCUGGACUCCUACAAUCAACAGUGUCGCGAGGACGGAGUAAUAAUCAAGAACUGGAGAACGACAUUUGGCUGUCCCUUGAACUGUCAACGCAACAGCCACUACGAAGACUGCGCCAGCCCCUGCCAGCCGUCCUGCCCGUUCCCUGAGGAAAAGCAGGCGUGCGACGGAGCGUGCGUGGAGGCCUGCGUGUGCGACCGGGGUUACGUCCUCAGCGCCGGCGUCUGCGUGCCUGCCAAAACAUGCGGAUGCUCAUAUCAGGGCCGCUAUUACAAGCCGGGCCAGCAGUUCUGGGCCGACGAGAGUUGCGGUCGCCUGUGUGAGUGCGACACCACCCUGGGCAUGGUGACGUGCCGCGAGGCCUCCUGCUCCGCCAACGAGAAGUGCACCGUAGUCGACGGAGAGCGCACCUGCAGGCCCGUCAGCUACGCCAGUUGCACGGCCUCGGGUGACCCGCACUACCGCACCUUUGACGGCCGCAAGUACGACUUCCAGGGGACUUGCGAGUACCUGCUGGCCGGACUGUGCUCCCAGCAGGCCGGUCUGGUACCCUUCAACGUGUCGGUGCAGAAUGACAACCGGGGAAGCAGGGCCGUGUCCUACACCAAGACUGUCGAGAUUUCCAUUUAUGGUGCCACGCUCGUCAUCAGCAGAGAGUACCCCUACAAGGUCUUGCUGAAUGGGCAGCUUGGUUCGCUGCCUCUGGAUUACAAUAAUGAGCUGGCUGUGUUUCGAAGUGGCCGCAGCGCUGUGGUGGAGACGGCGGCCGGCAUCACCUUUAGCUUCGACUGGAGGAGCACAGUGACCAUCUCCCUGCCCAGCACCUACCAGGGCGCGGUUUGCGGUCUGUGUGGCAACUACAACCAAAAGGCCCAGGAUGACCUGGCCAUGCCUAACGGCCAGACGGCCCCUGAUGGGACCCGGCUGGGGGAGAGCUGGCAGGUGGGCCUUGCACCUGGCUGCUCCUCUGUCUGCCAGGGGCCGUGGUGCCAGGCCUGCUCAGACUCGCAGAGGAAAGUCUAUGAAGCUACCAAAUACUGCGGCAUCAUUGCUGACAAGGCAGGGCCGUUCAGAGACUGUCACAGCCAUGUGGAUCCCGCUCCUUACAUGGAGGACUGUGUUUAUGAUGUUUGUCAGUACCGCGGGCAUCAGGGCUCAGUUUGCGACGCCGUGGAGGUGUACGUGUCCGAAUGUCAGAGCCGGGGAAUCGCAGUCCACUCCUGGAGAACAAAUGCAUUCUGCCCAAUGAAGUGCCCUGCUAACAGCCAUUACACCCUGUGUGCCACGGGUUGCCCAGCCACCUGUGCUAGCUUAACCUCCUUCGCCACCUGCCACAGGCGCUGUGCAGAGGCCUGCGAGUGCGACCAAGGCUACCUGUUAAGCGGGGAGGCCUGCGUGCCUGUGAGAGAGUGCGGAUGCUCCUAUGACGGCCAUUACUACAAGAAAGGCGAGGCGUUCUACCCUGAGGACAAGUGCAUGGAGAAAUGCACCUGUGGCGAGAACGGGGCUGUCACAUGCAAAAAGGAGAAAUGUCGUCCAGGAGAAGCGUGCAAGCUCGUAAACGGAGUGAAAGGAUGCCAUCCCGAGGGUGAAGCCAAGUGUGUGGCUUCCGGUGACCCUCAUUACACUUCCUUUGAUGGUCAGAGGUUCGAUUUCCAGGGUACCUGCGUCUAUGUGCUGGCCAAGGUGUGCGAUGAUGACAAAGGUCAGCUCACACCAUUUACUGUCACUCAGGGCAACGAGAAGUACGGAAAUGGAAAAGUGGCUGUCACCAAGUCAGUUGCAGUGACAGUCUAUGAUUAUGUGAUAUACAUUCAGCAGCGUCUGCCAUGGAAAGUCAUUGUGAACGACGAACUUCUCAACCUCCCUCUCUCACUGGGUGAAGGCCUUCUGACGGUCACCCAGGAAGGUCGCAACAUAGUGGUCCGGACAGCGUUCGGCCUGAAAGUCCUCUACGACACUGUGUACUAUGUUGAGGUGAUCGUUCCGUCGACAUACCAGGGUAGGAUGUGCGGUCUCUGCGGCAACUACAACAACAAACGUGGCGACGAUUUUGAACUCCCCGGCGGGAGAAGAACAAACAACGUCGAUGACUUUGGGGAGGCGUGGGUGGUGGACCUUCCCGGGCACGUGUGUGGCGGCUGUGGAGGCCAGUGCCCAGCGUGUGAGCCGGCCAAGGCGGCUCUGUACGAAAAACCAGACUCCUGCGGCAUCAUCGCCGUGCCCAACGGGCCUUUCAGAGCCUGCCACGGUAAAAUCGAUCCAGCAGCAUAUGUGUCUAAUUGCGUGUUCGACGUUUGUGCCACCGACGGCAACAAGGACACGCUGUGCGACAGCAUACAGGCAUACGCGCUGGCUUGCCAGGGUGCAGGAGUUGAAAUCCAGCCGUGGAGGAGCAACCUGUUCUGCCCUGCUUCCUGCCCUCCGCACAGUCACUAUGAGGUGUGCGCUGACACCUGCAAGGGGACGUGCGCCAACUUCCUUCAGCAAGUGACUUGCUCUGAAAGGUGUUUUGAAGGAUGCCAGUGUGACGCGGGCUUUGUAUCUGACGGCAUUCAGUGCGUUCCGCUUGACAACUGUGGCUGUGUGCACGACGGCAAAUACUUGACGGUGGGUCAAGCCGUCGUGGACAAAGACUGCAGCUCGAAGUGCGAGUGCCGGGCCUCUGGGCUGGUGACGUGUGAAAAGCUAUCCUGUGCCGGCGGGCAGGUCUGUGACCUGAGAGACGGCGUCAGAGGUUGUCACGUCUUGCAGGGCCACUGCAGCGUUAGUCCAGCGGGCAAGCUGAGCUCCUUCGACGGCAUGUCUGGCACAGCGGGAGCACCCGGGGCUUUUGAGCUGGCGUCUCUCUGCGACGAGACCAGCGAGCGGUGGUUCCGUGUGGUUGUGGAUGUGAGGGUCUGCAGAAAGAGGGCGCCUCUCGCUGUUGCCACUCUGUACGUGUUCUUCAAGGACGCCACUGUGGCAGUAAACGGUGACCAUGUGACCUGGGUAAAUGGCAGGAAGGUGUCCCUGCCCAGCAAAGUGACAGAUGAGCUAUCAAUCCAAAUCUCAAAGAGGAGUGUGGUUAUCGAGAGGAGCUCAGCUGUGCAGGUCGUCUACUCCAUUUCACAGGAGGUCACCAUCACUGUCGAUGGUAACCUGUCCGGUAAAACCUGCGGAGCCUGUGGCAACUACAACAACGACUCCAAAGAUGACAUGAAAACAGCAGACGGGAAACUCAUAAGUGAUUUCUCGGCUGUGAUUGGCUCUUGGAGCGCUGAGGACUUCUCUAGAUGCGGCCUGUAGAGGAGCCGCUUCUGCGCUGACAGAGGCCGCUGGCACGCAGGAAGAAGAGAGGUUUCUUUGUUUGCAGCCCUGAUUGCCAUACUUCACCGCUUCCUCUUGAUUGUCAUUGUAGUUUUUGCUGUUUCCUGGCCAUUCGGUCCUCUCUAUUGUUCACUUUGCAGGUCUGGAAGCAAAUGGCUGAGUCUUGUCCAACAUCUCCAUCUAGUGGAGGACAAAACUGCGGCAGCAUGCCCUGAUUUGGUUUACUUUUCAAUCUUUUGAUAAUUGUGUCCUCCUGUCUGAUCACUGAAUAAAUCUAUACCUGAUGACAA